CCUGUUUGUUUUACGAAAGACUUGAUCUUGUUUUAUUCUUGUAACGUGAUGUGGUUGCGCUUCCGCCAGAACUCGACGUGUCGCUGAUGUACAUACAUAUACCUCUCGAUGACAGCACGCAUGACGAUCAUGAUGUCCAUCGUAGCCAGCGUCAUGCAAGUCGCCACGUUGAACGAUGACGCCCUGUUUCGAGAUCAUCUCGUAGCGCUAAAAAGGCGUUGGCAAUUUGGCGAAGGGAGAUCGCGGUGGCUCGUUGAGCGUUAUCCAAAUUGUACAGGCUGGACCAUCUCAGGCGUUCGAUCCGAACGAGACCCUCCUGCACGGCUUCCAUCUCGGCCAGGGUCGUGUAAGCCUUGCGAUCCCGUGGCUGACGUAAUACCUCGAGGAAGGGCACGGUCACGACCAACGCUCGAUCAAGGCAGAUGGCAAAGUCGUCGUCGGAGUCUUCCAGCUCGUGCAGGGCUUUCAGAGUUUGUUCGAGAUGCCUCGUCAAUUCCGCGGGCUCGAACCUGCGGCAUUGCGAGAUUCAGCUAAGAGUCGUAGCAGAUGCGAUGUUUGGUUCACUGACCCAGUAGUCUUGCGUCGGCAUUUGAUAGCAAGGAAUUUCAUUGUCAGGGGUAAAGGGUAUCGGAAGGGGAUGUGCGGAAAACAAGAGGGUAUCGGAGAGGGAUAGUUAUGAGAGCUCUCUUGUAAUCUGUGCCCCGCUUUUCGCUACAAAUCGUG